AAAAUCUUUUUUAAUAUAAAUAUAAAUAAAUAAAUGUUUUUAAGACCAAUUAAAAAGUAUUUCUUGAGCUUCCAAAGCAGAAAUGUUUCAGCAAAAGCAAUAGUAUUCUCAAAUCAUGGAAAUCCAUCACAAGUUUUGCAAUUACAUAAUUAUAAUAUUGAAACAAGUCCUUCAAAGCCAAUUCUUGUAAAAUUUCUGGCAUCUCCAAUUAAUCCCUCUGAUAUCAAUCAAAUAGAGGGUGUUUAUCCAGAAAAACCAUAUUUUACAAAAGAUCUUGGAACAGAUCUUCCAUGUUCAGUUGCAGGAAAUGAAGGAGUUGUAGAAAUCAUUGAAAAUCUUAAUAAAAACUCUGAAUUUAAGCCUGGAAGACGAGCCAUUAUGAAAAACCCAGGAUUUGGAACAUGGCGAACACAUGCAACAGCAAACUCAAAUGAUCUGUUAUUUCUGGAUAUUGAUGGGAUCAGUGUGAUACAGGCAGCUACAUUAUCAGUUAAUCCAUGUACAGCGUAUUGUUUGCUUAAAAACUUCUAUAAGCUUAAAGCAGGGGAUUAUUUUAUUCAAAAUGGGGCAAAUAGUCAUGUUGGUCAAGCAGUUAUUCAGCUUGGACGUAUCUGGGGGUUAAAUAGUAUUAACAUUGUAAGAAAUAGGUCAAAUAUAGAUAAAUUGAAAACAUAUUUAUAUGAUCUUGGUGCUACAGAAGUUAUAACAGAAGUAGAAUUAGGAGAUAAGGAAUUUAUGAAGGAAUUGAUUAAAAAACGAUGUGGAGAAUCAGGAAUAUCAUUAGGAUUGAAUUGUGUAGGAGGGAAAUCUGUUUUGGAUUUAGCACGAUAUAUAAAGGAAAAUGGACAUAUAGUUACAUAUGGAGCAAUGUCAAAACAACCGCUUCUUAUGUCUUCUGGUUUAUUAAUUUUUAAAAAUGUUCAUUUACAUGGAUUUUGGGUAACAAAAUAUAACAAAACUUAUCCAGAAGAAAGAUUAAAAAUUCUAAACAAUAUUAUUACAUAUAUGAAAAACAAAUCUUUUAAGGAUUUAUUGUGUGAUAAAGUAUAUCUUGAUAAAUCAAUGGAAGAUUUAACAUAUAUGGAAACAUUUAAAAAUGCAUUAGAAAAUAAAGAAAAAAAACAAGUUUUAGUUUUCAAUUAAUUAUAUUUUCUUAAUAAUUUUUAUUUAUUAUAAAGAUUUCAGUUCAAAUACUUCUGCUACAUCAAGUAAUAAAUCAUCGCAACCAUAUUGAGCCAUUAAUUGUAUACCUAUGGGUAAUCCAUUUUGAUCAUAUGAAAAUGGUAUACUUAUAGCAGGUAUACCUGAUAAAUUUGCUGAAAUAGUAAAGAAAUCAGAUAGAUAUAGAUCUAAUAAAGAUAUUUCCUUAGGUGUAUUUUCAAUGAGUGGUGCUGAUCCAAUUGUUGUUGGAGUUAUUAAUAUAUCUACUUUAUUUUCUUGUUUAGUUUUUGAAUAUUUUUUAAAAGAAUUGAAAACAUUGUUAAAAUCAUUUAGUAUAAGACGACGAAUUUUCUG